AUGGGGAAAAAGCCGUUUCGGUUACCCUUAGUAGAAGUCGAUUCGGCUACUCUGAUUGAUGGAGGAUGGGGUUCGUGGUCGAGCUGGUCUCCGUGUUCCACUAGUUGUGGAACAGGUCAUCGAAGCCGGACCGGCGUCUGUGACAAUCCUAUACCACAACAUGGGGGCCAUGGCUGCCAUGGAAACAAUAUAGACACAGAAUCGUGUGCCUUCAACCAGUGUCCAAGCGUUCACUUCUGUGACAAAUUUGGCACAAUCCAGGCAUUGGCAGAGCUCAAUGUCACAUCUAAAGUUCAUUGUGACGACCGAUGGAGUUCUGAAACAGACAAUUUUCUGCAUACCCACUGUCAUGGGAUCCCUGCGGAUGUAUAUGGUUGGCACCAGGGAGGAUCAGUGAUGUCCGAUUGUCUUUCACAUUCUAUUGGCUUGUUUACGCCGAUCGGAACAUUUCGACAUGGUACAUACAAUCAGGUAAAACAAGACCAUGGGGGUGUCAGCGGCAUAUUCCUUGGAUGUACUUCAACUGGGUUUAAGAUGGCAACUAAAGCUUGUGAUGGAGGGGCGGAAAUAAUCGAUAUUCCUCACUAUACCAAUGCUACCUUCGCUAGUGACGCUAUCAUCUCCAAUAACCCAAGGAGUUACUUUACCAUUGAAUGGUAAUCGAACCUAGAUCAAGUUGUGCAGGAUAAGUUUGAGAAAUAAAGAUAGUUGAACAGGA